CUGGGGUAUUAUCAUUUGUGUACCUUUCCUGAUCGAAUGAGAAGGACAUCUUGCACCAUGGGUGGAUUCUGCCUUCUCUAUCUGCUCAUGAUCCUCCUGAUGAGAUCUGGUGAUGUUGAAACCAACCCUGGACCAGACAGGAUUGUCAGUGAGGAGGAAUUCAUAAAGCUCUCCAAGCUAAUUGCACCUAGCUACUACAAAGAGGUGGGCGUUCACCUGAAGUUCUCCAUCGCAGAGCUUGGUCAAAUCAAGGAACGUAGCCUAGAUACCAGUGAUGCAUUGAUAAUAGUGUUUACGAGAUGGAGAGACAAACAGCCUCCAGGCACAGACAUCAGGGCUCUUCUUGCAGAGGAAUUAAAAAGAAGUGACUUAGGGUCCCUCUCUGGCGAACUACUCGCUGGCAGUCUAGUCCCAAACAGGACAGGUGCACCUGUAACAUUGCCAGGAUCACAGACCCAACCACUUUCUCCUGACCAGAUCAAGAGAUGUGCAGAUGAUUUCAAAUUCAAGUACCGGACAACUCUCUGUAAGAUCAGAGCUGAUCCUCUCAACCCUGACUCCAUUGGGCCAUUCAAAGACAUGUACACAAACCUUGUCCUGGAAGAGGAAUAUCGACAACGCAAGCGACCACUUGAGUACGAGGAUCUCUUUGAUCUUGAAGUCAAUGGAGAGUUCCCCAAGCGGAUCGUGAUUCAGGGAGAAGCUGGGGCUGGAAAGACAACAUUCUGUGCUAAGAUUGCCUGGGACUGGAUCAAUGACAGUCCUGUUGUCCCAAAGUUUGUGUGGGUAAUUGUUGUCCCUUUUCGUGAAGCCAAGCAAUACACGAUCGGUGAGAUUGCCAAGUUGUAUCUCUCCAAGGACAACCCAGCAACAGCUUGCCAGAUCACUGAGUACAUCCGGUCAAAUCCAAAAGAUGUAUUCAUUGCGUUUGAUGGAUUAGAUGAGUUUGAUGGCAAGGUUGUACAACAAAGGAAAGCUGGUUCAAAGUCAGAAUGUCACCAGCCAAAGUCUGCUGAUCAAACCAAGGCAAGAGGAAGUUCUUCCGAAACAGGUGACAUUGCACUUAGAGACAUUCUUCGUUCAGAUGAACUUGCCGCUUGCCCGGUGUUGGUGACAAGUCGCCCAUGGAAGGUCAAAGAGAUUAGAUGGGAUGAUAGUCUUAGGAAACUGUACACUUUCAUUUAUGUGGAAGGUUUUAGCAAGGAGAAUGUGGAAGUUUACAUUCACAAGUACUUUGAAGACAAUUUGGCCACAGCAGAUCAGCUUAUCCAAUUAACCAAAGUCAAUGACAUCAUAUCUGAGAAUAUGGCCCCGUAUCCUAUCUACAUAUCUAUGCUCUGUCAUAUGUGGAGAGAACUUUGUGAUGAAAAACGAGAAAAGUUUAAGUCAUUUCAAACUUUCUCUCAAAUAUUUGAUGAAAUGUUUGAAUUCCUGAAGGUGCAUUAUGUUCAGAAAGAAAUAACAGAUUUAGGCAGCCCAUCAUUCCAAAAAUAUCUCUCUCAAAUUGAGAAGCUCUUGGAACCAGUUGCCAAAAUUGCUUUCAGGGGGCUACAGGAAAACACCCUUAUUUUCAAAGAAGGUGUUUUUGAACAGUGCUCAGACUCCAUGGAAGCAGCUUGCAGAGUAGGGGUGUUGUCUCAGGAGAAAAAAUUGUCAUCUAUAUAUGAUACGAGCGGUCCACCCCUGCAGUCUACUAUCUUCUUUCCACACAAACUUUUUCAGGAGUACAUGGCUGGGGUCCAUCUUGCUUCCCUGUAUGAAUUAGAUCACAAUGAAUUCAACAGGCUGAUUGAGGAAGUAAUGCUGCCUAGGAAGGAAGAGUUUAGGUAUCUCCUGUACUUCACCGUAUCACGGAACAAAACCAUUGCAAACCAUGUCAUGAAAUGCAUGUUACAAGCUUAUGGAAACGGUGCGUGGUAUUUCUUUGAUGAUAUUCAACUAGAAGAGGACAGGAAUUUCUGGGUUGAUUUAUCCUUUGAGAGUCAGGACCUCGAUACCGCAGCCUUGACCAACCUUGAGGUGAAUGACAGCAGACUUGUACCAACUAUAUCCCAUGAUGUGGUGGAGAUUAUAUGCUCUGCACCCUCUCUAAAGCGUGUUACAGUAAAUCAAGCAGCCUUGCACAGUGACUCCUUAGUAGUUCUUGCUAAAGAAGGAAACAAGUCUAAGCCUCUUCACAUCACCUAG